AUGUUCGCUUAUAUUUUCUUUCUUUCUGUCUUUCUUUCAUUUUAUCUUUCUUUCUUUCCUCCCUUCCUUCCUUUAUUUAUUUCUUUUUAUCUUUCUUUCUUUCCUGCAUUUAUUUCUUUUUCUUUCUUUCUUUCUUUCUUUCUUUCUUUCUUUCUUUCUUUCUUUCUUUCUUUUCUGCCUUUCAUUAUUUCUUUCAUAUUAUCGUUCUUUCUUUCCAUCCUUCUUUUCCUUUCUCCUGACUAUGUUCGCUUAUGUUUUUCGUUCUUUCUGUCUUUCUUUCUGCAUUUCUUUCAUUUUAUUUUUCUUUCUUUCCUCCCUUCCUUCCUUUAUUUCUUUCUUUUUAUCUUUCUUACUUUCUUUCCUGUAUUUCUUUCUUUCUUUCUUUUUUCUUUCUUUCUUUUUUCUUUCUUUCUUUCUUUCCUGCCUUUCUUUCAUGCCUUUCUUUCUUUCUUUCUUUCUUUCUUUCUUUGA